GCCCUAUGACUCACAGCCGCUCACUAGGGCCAGGAAGUGGCAAGAGGAGGAAAUGACUGUUAGGCCUUCCCUUUGCUCGUGGAUGCCCAGAAUGCCGCACGAACGGUCCUGCGGAGCCUCCGCCAUGAAGCUCUUUUUGCUGCUUUUCCUCGUGAGCCUCACCAUCACAGUGGAUGCACAAGGAACUUCAGCCCCAGCUACAGAACAGUUGGAGGAAACCAGGAAUACGCAGCAAGAACCCACCUGGGUUUCAAUAACCAUAGAUCCAAGUACUGCAUGGGUCAGUGAGGAUGUCUCCCAAGAAUAUGGAACAACUGAACAGAUAACAACAGAAGAAGCAAUUUCUUCUGCUGCGGUGACAACAGCUGAAACCCUCAAUUCCACAAUUGUGAAAUUUACUAGCACUGCAGGAGUUACCUCAGCUCAACAGCGAUCAGUUGACCAAGAGAGGAGAACUGGUGUUGAGAAGAGCGAGGAUGAGGAUGAUGCCUUUCAUUAUGACUAUUACUCCCUGCGAAAAUGGGGUUUAGUGGCUGCUGCAGUCCUCUUCAUCCUUGGCAUCCUGAUCCUCACCUGUGGUAAACAUGGGAAAUUCCCACGAUGCCGAGGGAAGAAGCAGACAAGAACAUAUAAUGUGGCACAGGCUUAACAACACAUCGCAUCCGCAGGAUGCCUCAGUCUGGAUGUAGAUGGAUCAUUGGACCUUUUCUGUUGUUUUCCCAUGGAGAGGUGGUUGCUUAAUUUUCCCCCCACCUACAACACACACCAUCCAUCCCCCCCUUCCUCAACGCCCAACUUGUCCUCCUCCCAUAACAUUGGUCCUGCCUGCGUAACUAUCCAUCGAACAAACAUGUCACAUCACCUUUGCUAAGCUGGAAAGAAGUGGGCCUUCAGCUGGAAGGGUGACCACAUGUGGAAGUGGAGCGGGGGUCUAGCCUUGAUGGCUUUAUAGCCCCCUUACAACUCUCCUACUGAUCUAUUCUCUUCCUGCCCCACCCUGCUGUAUUUUCAUUACAUUAAACAAAUCCCCUCUCUACAGCCAGAACAAUUGUGAAUUCUUCAUUCUUUUCUUUGUGCAGCCUGAGGUCAGCAGAGACGUGUGUUGGCACAUGGAUUGUGGGCAUGCUGUGGGUGUUCCGUGCCAAAUAAAACCCGUCUGUGUUCUUUCCAUGCCAUGAGGUCUCAAUUUCUGUACUUGCAAAAUAAAGUCUUGGCGUGGUCUGUU